GUAGUAUUUUCAGCAGCGAUAGAAUGAAGUCCUCCAUCUGUCAGAGCUCUGCAGAUCCACUCACCAAACUCUUCAAUCUUUGAGGGAAAGCAGGACGGAGUCUGUCAGCAUUUGCUAGCGAGAUGGAGACACCUGUAAAGCCGUCGCUGGAGGAAGAUGCUGCCAUCCAGAAAGAUCUAGAACCCUCAGCAGAGAGAACAGCUUCUAAGAUUCGACCUGAGUUUGUGUCGAGGGUGUCGUUAGAAAUCCUCAAACAACUCUUAGAUUACCUGGAAAGAGAUCAAGUUUUCAAUGUUAGUGAGCGAAAGGAUAUACUUGAGAGGAAUCAAACCACAGAAGAUAAGGCCCGCAGCCUCAUUGACUCUGUCAUGAGUAAAGGGGAUGAAGCCUGCCAGAGAAUGAUAACACAUCUUAAAACUAGAGAUCCCAAACUCUACUCCCAGCUGCUUUUUUCCUCUGAUCCAGCUGCUCUGGAAGGAGCUUUUCAGGAAUGUCAACAUAAACUAAAAUCUAGUCUAAAGAAGAAGUUCCAGUGUGUGUUUGAGGGGAUUGCUAAAGCAGGAAACCCAACCCUUCUGAAUCAGAUCUACACAGAGCUCUACAUCACAGAGGGAGGGUCUGCAGAGGUCAAUGAUGAACAUGAGGUCAGACAGAUUGAAACAGCAUCCAGGAAACCAGACAGACCAGAAACAACCAUCAGACAAGAAGACAUCUUUAAACUCCCACCUAGAAGAGGUAAACCAAUCAGAACAGUGAUGACAAAGGGAGUAGCUGGCAUUGGGAAAACUGUCUUAACACAGAAGUUCACUCUGGACUGGGCUGAAGACAAAGCCAACCAGGACAUUCAGCUGACAUUUCCACUGACUUUCAGAGAGCUGAAUGUGCUGAAAGAGAAAAAGUUCAGCUUGGUGGAACUUGUUCAUCACUUCUUUACUGAAACCAAAGAAACAGGAAUCUGCAGCUUUGAAGAGUUCCAGGUUGUGUUCAUCUUGGAUGGUUUGGAUGAGAGUCGACCUCCUCUAGACUUCAAUAAAACUAAAGUCCUAACUGACCCUUGGAAGUCCACCUCAGUGGAUGUGCUGCUGACUAACCUCAUCAGGGGGAAACUGCUUCCCUCUGCUCGCCUCUGGAUAACCACACGACCAGCAGCAGCCAAUCAGAUCCCUCCUGACUGUGUUGGCAUGGUGACAGAGGUCAGAGGGUUCACUGACCCACAGAAGGAGGAGUACUUCAGGAAGAGGUUCAGAGAUGAGGAGCAGGCCAGCAGGAUCAUCUCCCACAUGAAGACCUCACGAAGCCUCCACAUCAUGUGCCACAUCCCAGUCUUCUGCUGGAUCACUGCUACAGUUCUGGAGGAUGUGCUGAAAACCAGAGAGGGAGGAGAGCUGCCCAAGACCAUGACUGAGAUGUUUAUCUACUUCCUGGUGGUCCAGACCAAAGUCAAGAAGGUCAAGUAUGAGGGAGGAGCUGAGACAGAUACAACAUGGAGUCCAGAGAACAGGAAGAUGAUUGAGUCUCUGGGAAAACUGGCUUUUGAUCAGCUGCAGAAAGGAAACCUGAUCUUCUAUGAAUCAGACCUGACAGAGUGUGGCAUCGAUAUCAAAGAAGCCUCAGUUUACUCAGGAGUGUUCACACAGAUCUUUAAAGAGGAGAGAGGACUGUACCAGGAGAAGGUGUUCAGCUUCGUCCAUCUGAGUGUUCAGGAGUUUCUGGCUGCUCUUCAUGUCCGUCUGACCUUCAUCAACUCUGGAAUCAACCUGAUGGAAGAACAACAAUCAUCCUUCAGGUUGUCCUCAUUUUUUAAGAAACAAGAUCUACGUCUCCAUCAGAGAGCUUUGAACGAGGCCUUACAGAGUCCAAAUGGACACCUGGACUUGUUCCUCCGCUUCCUCCUGGGUCUUUCACUGCAGACCAAUCAGAAUCUCCUACGAGGCCUGAUGACACAGACAGAAAGUAGCUCACAGACCAAUCAGGAAACAGUCCAGUACAUCAAGAAGAAGAUCAGGAAGAAUGUGUCUGCAGAGAGAAGCAUCAAUCUGUUCCACUGUCUGAAUGAACUGAAUGAUCAUUCUCUAGAGGAGGAGAUCCAACAGUUCCUGAGAUCAGGACGUCUCUCCACAGAUAAACUGUCUCCUGCUCAGUGGUCAGCUCUGAUCUUCAUCUUACUGUCAUCAGAAGAAGAUCUGGAAGUGUUUGACCUGCAGAAAUACUCUCCUUCAGAGAAGGUUCUUCUGAGGCUGCUGCCAGUGGUCAAAGCCUCCAACAAAGCUCUGUAA